UCAAAAUACUAACAAUGUUUAUUUCGUUAAGUGAAAGAAAAUUUACGAUAAACUUAAAAAGAACAUCGCACAAUAGCCUAAAUUGCUUCCCUUAUAAUUUUUGUAGGGAAUGGUUUUGUUGGUGCUGACCGCAUACUGCUGAUUGCUGAAGUGCUGGUCGCUGAGGUUAGUUAGUCACGCAAGAUGUUGCAUUGCCUUAAAAACGGCAGUUGCUUCCGCGAGCACCUCAUUCCGCGCCAAACAGCGAUGUCGGAGGUUGCUACUGGUAGUCCAGUUGACGAAGAGUGCUUGCUCGAUAUGGACGCGUGUUAUGAAACAUUUGAUAAAGAUGGAGAUGGCAAGUUAAACCUGGAGGAGUUUAGAUUGAUCUGCAAAGCGCUGUUCCGCAACGACAAGGGAUACAUCUACCCCCUGGACGAGGACAAGGCGCGCCACAUCUUCCAGGUGUUCGACAAGAAUGGCGACGGCUUCGUUGAUAAGGAGGAGUUUGUCUUCUGCUGGAACCAUUGGAUUAAAGUGAUAGUACGUCCUGUCAGUGCGUUCCUGAUAGUGGACGUCCAAAACGACUUCAUCUCCGGCACUCUCAACAUCAGCAAAUGUAACGCGCAGCAAGAUGGCAGCGAGGUGGUGGAACCUAUCAACCGUCUGCUGGAGUCGGUGCCGUUCGACUGCGUGUUCUACUCGCUCGACUGGCACCCGCCUGACCACGUCUCUUUCAUCGACAACGUGCACAUGCGGGAGCUACAUCCCUCAAGCCCGGUGUCAGCGGAUAAGGCCCAGGCGUACGAUACGGUGAUAUUCGCGGGGCCGCCGCUCAUGAAGCAGCGUUUGUGGCCGCGCCACUGCGUGCAGGACACGUGGGGUGCUGAGCUGCACCAGGACCUCAAGGUGGUAGACACCGCGAUAAAAGUUUACAAGGGCACGAACCCAGAGGUGGACUCGUAUUCAGUGUUCUGGGACAACAAGAAACUGACCGAGACUAGUCUGAGCGCGCAACUCCGGCUGCGUGGCGCCACUGACAUAUACAUCUGUGGGAUAGCAUACGACGUUUGCGUUGGUGCAACGAUAGCGGACGCACUCAGCAUCGGGUAUCGCGCCGUGCUGGUGGAGGACGCGAGCCGCGGAGUGGACGUCACCGACAUGGAGCGCACCAAGAGCACCAUCCUGAACAACCACGGGCUUAUCGUCAACUCGGAUAACGUUUUGGCGAUGGUGGAGGGGCGUGAUCGUCGACCAGAACUGGGCUACAAACUCGCAAUGGAACUCAAAUCAGCAAUGGAGGAACAAGAGUAAACAGGUCGCAGAGCGCGGCAUGGAACUUGAGCGGCUAGGGAAACUAAGGUCCCCUAGCACACGGCGCAUUUUAAACGCGCUGACAACGCACGUACCUAUACGCGCUUCAAACGACAUUUGAACUCAACCUGGUAAGCUAAUCACACGGGUUGAUCGUGAAACGUGGAUCUACUGCGCGUAUACCCGCAGAUACGGUAGCGCUUUGGGCGCUCGAUACACAGUAAAAUAUCAUUGCAACUGCGGCGCGGGCGUUUCUUACUCGCGCGGUGACUACGCGUUUAAAAUACGCCGUGUGCUAGGGGCCUAAUGCGUUGGCGCGAACAUUCAAGGUCAGUGUGUAUCAAACACCUAAUUGUUGUGAGCCCUGUUUGUACAAAUCUAAUAGAUUAAAAUAUUAACUGUAUCAAUACACUUAUUCUGUGUCACAAUCAGUAACACUGCUCAAGUUCCGUGUCGUGUCAAAAUUUCGCGCAUUACUUGACAUAUUUAUUUUAUUAUUUAUACAUUUACUUAAGGUUAUAUUAUGGCGAUGGUCGAUACACCGAGCCAGUUUAAUUCCAUGACAAGAGAGAUUGUUAACGUUAUUGUAUGUUUUUUUCAUUUUUUUUAAAUCAAUUCAAAUCAUCUUUAUUUGCAAGAUAAGGUAAUAGUAAGAUGUUGUUGGCUUAUAAUUAACAGGUGCUCUUAUCCUAACCCAUAAUGCAUGCAAACUUAUAGUGGAAUACAUAGUCAGUUCACGUUUUAAUUUCUGUAGCAAUUAUAAUAUACUGUACUAUACUAAAAAACGAUAUACAUCCCAAGCAAACUUAAAUUAACAUGAAUCAUACAUUAGUUAUUAUUUCAUAGCAUUAUUCAUUUUAAUUAUGUCAUUAGCUACACAAUGAUAUUGAGUUCAGUCGAAGUUAAUUUUUAUUAUUUACUAUUUUAUCGUCAAGAAAAUCUUUUAAUGAGUAGUAUGCUUUUUUUAUUGAAUAAGAUUUGAGUGAUGUUAUCAAUAAGAUCUGAGAGAAUUAAUUAAAAGUCUAAACACAUUAUCGGAUUUGGUACGGACGAGCUAUUUGAUGCGGUCUGAUAGCGAACCAUAUACUGUGAUAAGUCGCAUUGUAUAUCGCACAAAAUUAUUAUCUAUUAUUGCCAACCGGACCGUACCGAGCACAACGCCGGACCAAUCAGUCCGAUGGCCAUACCAAAACCAGCCAUGUGUUUUUAGGCUAUAAGGUUAGACAUUAAUUAACGCGUAGGUAUCGAACGCCAGCUGUUCUUUUUGUUAACAUAGUUUUAAUUCACGUUUUUUUUACAUCAUUUCUAUGAGAGUAUGUGCUGCAAUGCCGCUUCUUGAAAAACCCGAAAAUUCUGAGCGGCACUACAAUUGCGCUCGUCACCUUGAGACAUAAGAUGUUAAGUCUCAUUUGCCCAGUAAUUUUAGUAGCUACGGCACCCUUCAGACCAAAACACAAUAAUGUUUACACAUUACUCCUUGACGCCGUUGUGGUACCCAUAAUCUUGCCGGCAUCCUGUGCAUAGGAGCUUCCCUAUGGUAAAUGAUAGCAUCUUGUGAGUGUUUCGUCUCUCUUAGAAAUCUUUAUAAAAUAUUACUUACUAGAGGUUUACUUUUGUUGCUACAAAUCAAUCAAAAAUCUUUAGAACGUUUUAGUUGGAAUGCAAAAGAAUGUUACUAAGUAUUAAUAUUUUUAACGGUGCGUUACAUUAACCUCAACUGAAGUAUUAUCAAUAUAUAACUUCUCCUCAUCUUUUUCGAAUAUUUUUGUCAUAUAUUUUCCUAAUAUUGUUUUAAUUUUAAUGUAUUCAUAAUGUCGUCUCUCUCAUAUUUUACAUGUGGAAAAUAGAUCACUUAGUAUUAGUGUAGUCAUAAGGAUAAUUGCCUAUGAAUUUGAAUCUAUUCUUGUACCUAAUAGAUAAUAAUAUUGUCGUAAUGAAUCGCUUAUGUGCUUUCAAUGUAGUGUGAUAUACUUUAUGUAUGUAUGCGAAUAAUUAUUAUGUAGGCUACUUAAUUUAUUUUAAAGCCCCGAAGCAAAGAGACGGGUAUAAGUUUGACAUGUCUAAUUUUACCUAUUGUCUAUGGAACCGUAACUUUCAAAUUCAAAUAUUUUUAUUCAAAAUAGGAUGUGACAUCACUUAUGGAAAGUCAAAAAACUACCACCCAUUCCAAAAUGAAUGCCUCAGACCUGAGAAGAAUGGGCGCAACAAACUCAGCGGGCUUCUUUUUUCAUCGAAUAAAUAUGUUUACAAAGUGAUAUUGUACAAUUAAACUUAUUAUUUAAUAGCCUGAGGGCGGUCACUCCAUUCCCAAUCUGUGGUAUCAUUAAGAAAGUCAUUUAUGAUAUAGUUACCUUUACCACACAAACGUUUUUUAACAAUUAUUUUGAAUAACGUUAUACUUUUGUUUUGAACAUUUUCUGGGAUCUUGUUGUAAAAGCAUAUACAUCGCCCCACAAAAGACUUACUAACUCGACUUAGCCGAGAAGUAGGCAUCAUAAGUUUAUGUCUGUUCCUGUUAACAUUAUGGUUAUGACAGUUUCUGGCAAAUUCACUUAUGUGCCUAUGAACAUACAUUACAUUAUCAAGAAUAUAUUGAGAAGCAACAGCCAAGAUGUUAAUUUCUUUGAAUUUUGCUCUCAAUGAUUCUUUCAAAGUCAUGGACAAAUUCCAAGAAAAAUAUUGUUGUGGCACCCAAAGCAAUAGAUUUAAACUAUCACACGUCGAUAUCAAUAAUAAACAUGUAAAAUGCCAAUGUGACAAGUUUUAUAUAGAGUUUUUUUUUAAAUUUAAAUACCUAUUAUUAUUUUAUUUCUUAAAGUAAAAGUUUACAGUUCUGCCUAGAUUAGAGCACAAGUAUGCAGCAUGCUUUGCCCACAAAUCAUAGACAAAUUAAAAGUUCUUUUAUAGUUUGACUAUGACUUAAUAUUAUUGUAGGUAUAGAUUUAAAUAUUAAUAAGACCAUAAACUUAGUAUACCAGCCUAAUAGACAAACAGUCUCCUUAUUACGGCGAGACUAAAUUUAAAAUGUUCAUGUGUGCUAGUUGUACAGAUGUGUUAGUGGAUUGUGUAGUAUUUUGCUUUUUAGUACAAUUCCUAUGAUAAUUAUCAUCGGCGUCAUAUUCACGUAUACAAUAUUUUAUUUUCUAACACAAUAUAUUUGUUUUAUUAAAUAUAAUCUUUAGGAAAUAGAGUGCUUAAGUACCUAUAUAAAAUGUAAUAUUUAGUAUUUCAGUGUAUAUCUAUGUUCUCCGAAAAUAAACAUCAUGAAAGUAGUAUAUGUAAUAACACAAUCUUAUACAAAACACGACACCGUUAUAUUUUUUAAUUAAUAUCCGUUAAAACACAGAACAAUAACGAUUAUAACACUAAAAUUAAAACGCGGUCCAAUUUGACAGGAGACUAAUGGACACUAAAUUGUUUCAAAACGAUUUCAUGGUCUUCAUCUAUUCCAACCCUUUCUCACACCUAGGUUUUUAUGUAAGGAUAGUAAGUCACUGUCACACAGUGUUCGUCUAUUACGCUAGUAUACUAAGUUAAUGAUUAAAACAAACCCAAAAGAAAACAUUUAACUAUAUGUUAGUCACAAAUCGUACUUACGAAGCACGUUAGUCUUAGUAUAUCAGCCAUUCCUACUAUUUUUACGUCGGAUGAGAAUACUUUCUGUCAUAAAACAGUCUUGAUCCCUUAUGGCACGUCGUGACUUCUAACAAUGUGAUGAUCAGCUACGAACAAUCGCGCAUAUUGAUAGAGGGAUCUUGCUGACGUCAAGUUCAGCCACUUCAAAAACCAGUACAGUUUACAAAAUUGACGGAUCAAUAUAAUAUCUUGCUUUUUUACUGUUGUGUAUUCAAAUUAGUAUUCGGUUAAAAAUAAUGAAACUUCCUGAGUGUAUUGUCAUCCGACCUAUAAUAUAAUAUAGCGAUUAAAAGUUAGUGAGAAAUUAUUAGAAUAGGUAAGAUUGCAUUUACUUAACUUAUUCCUCUUGAACCCUAAAAUGAUAAUAUAUAGAUAAAUGUGUACUUAUUAUUAGCUAGAUAUAUGUAUUAUAAAUUUAAUUUAUAAUAUAUUUACACUAGAUGUUCGGAUUUAAAAUUAUUUAUUAAACGCGUUGUUUUAUUGUUGAAGUUGUGUUUUUCUUUCUGGCUUAGCGCCAGGCAUGUGCAACGCUUGAGUCUGUCCAACGAGUCGUGGCAGUCGAAAUACGCGAAAAUUAAAAAAAAAUGGGCUCGCAACAUUAUGUGGAAAAUAGUUUUGAUACUUUGAUUAUUUCUGAGUUUUCUUAUCUUGUAAUAUACGUACUUUAUUCAUUGACAAAGUAAACAAAAGGUAAAUAAUGUUUUUUUAAUCAAAAAAGGAAAUAAUAAAUAAAAUUUUAUGAAUAUUCAGUACAUCUCUUACGUGAUCUGUAUACUUUUUACAGUCUUCUGAAAAACAGUAUUUUAUUAACUGCUGUAUAUGCUAUUAUAAACUAUGCAUUAGGAACAAACCCAUUAUCUGAACCAGCAGAACUAUAAUGCCGUUUAACCGUUUACCUGCAGAGAUUUUUCCGAUCACACCGUUGGUUGAUGGACUUUGAUUACAUACAAAUAUAGUUUAUUAUCAUAACAAGGUUAUCAGUAAGUAAUACUUGUCAUGUUUGAUAUUUUAAAUAUAGGUUUCCAGUAGUCACUGAACUAUCAUCCUCAAUAAUUAGCCUUAAGAGUUUCCACUUUAAUUGAUUGCUUUUUCCUUGAUCGUCAUCAGUACUAUUUGAAUCCAAAAUAAAAUAAAUUCCAAGUAUCAAAUUGUUUUGAGUUACGUAAGUAUCGCAAAUGAUUUCAUCGAAUUAUGACAUGUUUCUUCUUGUGUUUGAUUUGCAUUACUUUUAGCACGAUCGAAGUUAUUUAUCAUUUUAAAUAACAAGCUACUACUAUUGCUUUUAAUGUUAAACGCGAGAAAUAACUAAAAACACACAGUUGCGAUGUUACAAUUUUAAACUAUAAAUAAAAAUAUAGUGUUGUCCGAUAAAGAAUUCGUUUAAAUUAUCACGACUCGCUGGCAGGGCUAGUAGGGAAAAUGUUAAGAUUAUCUGAACAAAAUAAAGAGCGAAAACAAAACAAUAAUGAACGGCUAUCCAUCAUAAUUAUCUGUCUGUCACUUUAACCAAAAUUUUUACAAAUAAUUCAAAUUAAAUAUACACUCUCCCUGCCCUUUUUUCGGCAAACAGGAAAGGUUUUAUUAAUAUUUGCCUGCGCACGUCGGGGUUCCCGUAUAAUUAUUAAUGUGGCGGUAACUAUGCUAAUGAACGUUUUUAGAAUUAGGUUUUAUCAACCUACGUAUGGCUAUACUGCGUAAAUUGAAAACUGUUUUGGCCUAUGGACUUGCAUCCCGUGCCACUAAAUAAAUUAAAAAAAAUAUGAAAACUGUUUUCUUUUAAUAUUUUUUUGUGGUGAUAUGCUAAGGUACAUUUAAGAAAUGAAAAAGUAAUUAGCUAUAUUGUAUUUCAGACAUUUUUUAUUUUAAACGCAACGAAGAGUAUAUAAUAUUACAGUUAUUGGUGACAUGACAUCUCAUCAAUUUGUAGACAAUAUUGAACGUUAGGUACUGUUAUACUUAUGUAGCAAAACAAUUCAUUUUAGUGCUUAUUGCAAUGUUUUAUAAGAGGUUGUUAGUGGUCUAGUAUAAAAUAUUGUAAUAAACCUGAUACGAAUCGUCUUCAUUCUUAUGUGUUAUCAAAAUACAUUAAAUAAAUUUAUGAUCAUUGUGAAA